AUGGCUGUGGUCAUUCCUCUGGUCAAUUAUGAACUAUUGGAGAUUUUCAUUAUGGUUAACGUCGAAUACCUAAACCUGGUGUUCUCGGUGUUUGGUGUUUUCGCCAACACCCUCAACGUGGCCGUGUUCUUGAAGCAAGGGUUCACCGACAACGUCAACAUCAGCCUCCUCGUCUUGUCUGUGACUGACCUGGGUUCGCUCCUGACAGCCUUGACCUUCAGCCUGACUUACAACGCUGUUUUUGCGUUGAUAAAAAGAUCAAAAUGGCGUCAAAAGUCAUCGUCAGUAGACAGAAUCACAACCAAUAAAAAAGGUUCUCAAACUCUGAGGUUGAUCACCAGCAUGGCCGUCAUCUACAUAGUCUGCUACCUGCCCAGUAUAGCGAUCCUGUUGACUGGGCUUGUCGAACCAAAAUUCGGAGCUUUUGGUCAAGAGGUCAACUUGUAUCUUGUGCUCGUGUCGUUUAAUAUAGCCUUAGAGUCGCUGAUCUCCUGCGUCAGUGUGUUCUUGUAUCACAAGAUGAGUAGCAGGUACAGAGAAACAUUUCGACAGAUGUUCUAUACCCCCGUGUUCUUUAAUGUGAUGAACAGACAAAGAAAAUAA